AUGAUGCAUCAUACAGCAGAUGGGUCAGAUGUAGAUGAUGAAAAAUCUAUGAAGACUUUGAUUGAACUCAUCACCAUCAUUUUCAAAACUACAGAUGUCAACGAAGAUCUGGCAUCAAUAGUAAAUUUUGCAAAAAAUCUAGAUCCUGACAUUCUUUUCCUCAUAAAAGAUAGCAAUGAGAGACACAUCGUGACAUCCGAUCUAGAAUCAGAUAAGCUCGCUGAUCGACUGACGUCUAUCACAAUGUUGGUAAAAAUGAAGGGUAAAAUUGUCCUGACAUUGCCUAUCGAGCGGCAGAUAAGUAUCUUGUCUAUACCUUCAAUUCACGAAGCGGACGUAGAUGAGCAUAAUAAUGGGUUUCUUGAGAGCUUGAGGGCACUCAUAAAUAUGGGUAUCUUACCUUACUUUGAGUCUAUGGCACCUGGCGCCCAAAGGUCAGAUAAUUCGUGGGGUAUGGCAAGAAAGAGGCUCAACGAACUUUCGUUAUCCCUACAACAUUUACAACAGAGAAUUCAUGUUCCAGACCUUUUGUUAUCAUCUCAUCCCAAAAUUAGGCAUUUAAAUGGCCAGAUUAAUGAAUCUUUACUAAAAGACACGUCAUUUUUGAAUCAACUUACAGCCAUCGUUAAUAACUGGACAAGGCAAAUACAGUCAAUAACAAAUUUAAAUCAUAACCCUUCUGAUGGUGAUUCAAUUAUUGAAGAAGUUCAUUUUUGGAAAUCAAUGGAAGCUGCAUUGAUGUCUUUGAGUCUGCAAAUUCAACAUCAAGAUAUCAAAACAACCAUUGAAAUAUUGAACAAAUCUAAAAGAUUUCAUGUUACACUUAGUUUUGAAAAUGACACUCGGCUCGAAGAUAAAGCUGCAUUCACAAGUGUAUGUAAUUCCCUUUUAAAAGAUUUACCUAUUGAUGAACUCUUGUCAAUGUCAGUAUCUGAUGAUCAGCCGAUUGAAAAGCUAGAGAUUGCUAUUUCAAACAUAUUUCAGCACUUGAGAAAGUUGAAAAAUUUAAGUUCAUACCCAUUGACAAGGGCAAUUGAAGUCACAGAGAUUACUUUGAAUGAUGUAACUAAAAAGCUUGUGCUGAUAUUCACCUCAUAUUCGUUGAUGGCAAUGGAUAUUGAUAAGUUCCUUCAAUUACACGAUACCAUGAUAAUGAAGCUCUUUAAUUUAUUAGAACAAAAUCUUAAAUUCAUGACCAAUCUUUUCAGAGAGCUUUUAAGGAAGAGACAAGAAAAAUUUGUCGUUAUCAAAAUAAACCAGGAGUCCUUCGAUAUUUUGAAGGCAAGAAUUGAUUACAUAAAGGUGUUUCGCUUAAAGCAUCAGCACUUACUAUAUUACUUGGGCAAUAUUUUAAGCACGAUAGAACAACGUCAGCUUAUAGAUAGUUAUACCACACACAUGGCAGCUCUAAACUGCUUAGACCUUUCGAAACCGGGACAAAUUAUCUGGGAUACAAACGAAAAGUUAUAUUUCUUGACCUUUCAUAGGUUAGAAUCAUCUAUUAUUAGCCAUAUGAGCCAAAUAUUCAUAUUUUGUUAUAGUUUCAACGAUUUCGUUUCGGUCCUCAAUAAAUUAGCUUCUUACGGUAAGGCAAUUGAAGAGGAUUCUCAAUAUUUAAUGCUGUUGGUUAAUGAGGAGACGAGGUUGAGAAUACUAUCAGCCGCUAAUCUUGAGAUUGACAAAUACAUCAAAUGCAAUACUUCUGCGGACACAGCAACGAAGCAAUCAUUUGGCUUUUAUUAUUCUAAAAAUGCACCACACUUGCGCUUUCAAAAGCGUUCUAUUUGUUCCGAAAUUGCUUGGGAAAUCAGUUUGAUUUGUAAGUUGGAAUAUUAUACCACCAAUUUACAGAAGCUUUUGGGCACAAAUUGGAGUAAGUAUUCUUUGGGAAACGAAAUAUCGAAUAAAGUUGAAAGAAAAAUUUCGUCUGCCGACCCGCUGAUAAUCUAUGAGAAAUGGUUGAAUGACAUAAGCCAACUAAUCUUAGAUGACAACAUUUUCAAGGCCAGAGGAUAUGUAUUAAAGAUAGUAAGCUUACCGACUUACGACUUAAAGGUGAAUUUUGAUGUGAACUUAAUUGAGCAAGCAAACGAGAUGUCACAACUUCAAGUAAUGGGCUUUAAGAUACCCAGCAAUGUUCACUUACAAUUCAAAAAGAUAGCUAAGAUACUGCCCUUUGUAAGGUCACUAAAAAACCAUAUAAAGCUUCUUAAGAAAACAUUUCAGUUUGGCCUACUUGAAACUAAGUAUGGACAUAAGAUCAAAUGUCUUUUAAACAACAAAAUUUUUAAACUAAUUGAAAUUUUAAAAUGUUCCAUGGAAAUUGAUUGGUAUCGUUUGUCACAAGAUAUUGAAUUUGAAAUGGUCAAAGCAAGUGAUUUAGGUGAGCAUAGUCACGGGAAUCAUAGUAUGAAAGGGAGAAAUAGUAUUUCAAAAAUGGUUGCAUUCCAAAAUGAGGUAUCUCUCUUUUACUUCCAAUCCUGUAAGUUGUCAGAAUUCUUUACUCAAUUUCACGAGCAGCUACUUCCCAGAUUGAUGGCGUGUGACUAUGACCAUUCUGAAAUUGAGUAUCACGUUAAUUUAAUAAAAUCGGCUGCAAACAAGCUAACGUUCGACCCUAGCAUUAAUAUCGAAGUACUUCAAAUAAUAAUUGAUGAGGAAGUUGCAAGGCUUUUAAUUAGAAAGUGUCAUAAGCAACUUCUUUUAUUGUCACAGUACUUUGCACCUGAAGUGUUGGAGCCACCAGCUAAGGGUCAGAAUUUUAGUAAUUUUAUUCUUCAAAUUCAAUUUGAGGGUCAGCAUUUCAUAAUAUCACCCUCCUUAUCUUCAGCUAAAGAAAAUUUAUUCAAAUGGGUUAAUCUGGUCUUACAAAUGAUUGAGACCCAAUCCCGAAUGAGAGGAGAGAAAUUUAAUCUAGCCAAUAUUGCCUCUCAGCAUGACAAGGAAAGACUGUUAUCGACAAUUCUUCAAACGGUACUUUGUAAAGUAGAUCAGCUUAUUUCACAAUGUGAAUAUUUUCUUGAUAAUUGGACCUUGCUACAGCGCUUAUGGGAACUUGAUCUUGGUUCAGAAGGAGAUUUAAAUGAGCUCUUUCCUGUUAGCUCUGCGGUUGGGACUUGGAUUGAUACCUUGUAUAAAAUUACUAACUUGAGGCAAGUCUUUGACCAACCUGAAAACUUCAAAAAAAUCGGUCAAAGUAUAACUAUUGACUUUUCUAAGGUUUAUUCACGCACAAUUAUGAAGUUUGACCGCUUUGAGUCUGAAGUUGCGAAAAAGUUUGGGCUUUUGUUCGGAGAGAGACACUUAAUCUUCAGCAGUAAUUUGAAAAGCACCAGGAAGGCUUUAGAACUGAGAUUGAUUGUUCACGACACGUCAAGGAAAAUCAUACAUGAUCUUCAUCAGCUUAUAGAAAUAAGAGAAUCCAUAGCAAAUUGGAAGAAAGAUAUGUUUAAUUUCAAGAAAGGAGAAAGAUUACUUUUUAAGCUUAGAUUUAGCUUUCCAAGCGAUUGGGUGUAUGCAGAUCAGCUGGAAUAUAUAUUGCAAGAUAUAAUUGCCUUGGUCGAAAGCAAGGAGCUUAAGAUAUUCGACAGCUUUGAGUCAGUAUCUUCUACUAUAAGAAAUGCUGCGGACGAUAUCAAUCGUGCUAUCUCUUCGUUGGCUGAGAGCUGGAUUCAGUCAAAGCCUGCUUCUGAAAUCUUGAGCCCAUCCCUGGCCAUUGGCUGUCUCUCAGAGUUUCAAAAAAGCUGCAUUGCCAUAGAAAAAGACAAAAGUGCAGUGCUUUUGGUAUCAAAUUUCUUGAAUAUACCACUUUCUAUAGGAGGAAGCGUCACUGAAAUCACUGAAGGUGUUAAAGAGCUCACAGGCAUAUGGUCCUCUAUAAACACAAUUUGGAUUGGCAUAGAUGAUCUAAGACAGUUAAAAUGGCCGGAAACAUCUCACAAGGAGUUGAGGCUGAAACUAGAUGAUCUUAUUUUCUCUUCAAAAAAUUUCAAUUCUGAAAUAAAACAGUAUGCUGCUUUUAAGAAAUCGCAAGAGGUAAUGAACACCUAUUUGAAGUGUUUUCCUUUGAUAAGGGAACUUAAAAGUGGGUCUAUGAAGGAUAGACAUUGGAAACAGUUAUUGAAAUAUUUAGGAGAAGAAGAUAAGGCUUACCAAACUUUAACAGUUGGUGACGUUUGGGCUUUGGAUUUGAAUUUAAAUAAAAACAUCAUUAUUUCAGUGGUCAACAAAUCUCGAAAUGAGCAUGCCAUUGAAGAGAGUUUGGUUGACAUUAAAAAAGACUGGGACAAUACGACUUUCGAGUUGUUUACAUUUGAACAAAAGUUUCGCUUGGUAAAAAAUUGGAAUCACUUAUUUGAUCAAUGUACUAAUAACCUCAACUCUUUAGCGAGUAUGAAGAGCUCCGUAUUUCAUGGUGACUUUAUAAAUGAAAUCAAUAGCCUUGAAGUUAGGCUAAACAAGCUUCACUUAUUAUUAGAAAAAUGGUUAAAUGUGCAGACGCAAUGGAUAUAUUUAUAUGGAGUCUUUGAAACUCAAAAUACCGAGAUCAAAAGAACAUUGCCAGUGGAAUCGUCACGUUUUACGAAUAUAACAUAUGAGUUUUUAAGCAUCUUAAAAGUAAUUUACAAAAACGAUUUAGUCAUUGAUACGUUGACAAUUCCUGAUGCUUUUGAGCUGAUGGAGAAGUUUCUGGAUAGUCUUAAGAAGAUACGCAAGUCUCUAAUUGAGUAUUUAGAGAAACAGCGAGAACUCUUCCCAAGGUUUUACUUUAUUGGAAACGAAGAUCUAUUAGAAAUAAUAGGCAGCUCAACGGAUAUAACCAGAAUCAAUAAGCACUUUCAAAAAAUGUUUUCUGGCAUCUCUUCGAUCGAAUAUUCCAAAAAAGAUUCCUCGAUCAUCUCCAUUACAAGCGAACAAGGUGAGACACUUCGAUUGCAUAGUCCCAUUUCUUUAAUUAAAUUCCCUUAUUUGAUUAAUUGGCUCGAAGAACUCGAAAAGGAAGUAAAAUACACAUUAUCGAAGAUGACAUGGGAUUCAAUUGAGCGAUUUGAGUCUCUCUUGAAUAAGGACUUAACUCUAGGAGACUUGGAAUCUUUUAUGGUUUCGAUUCCGGCUCAAGUGUGCACCCUUGUUUCUCAAAUAGUAUUUACUCAAUCAACUGAAGAAUCAAUUAAUAAAAAAGGAUUUUCAUCUCAACUCGACGUAUACAAUCAUUUUGUUGGCAUUCUUAAGAAAGGGAUCAGCAGUCUAACUGACAUGUUAACCCGAAAAAAAUUUGAAAUCUUAAUGAUAGAAUCCCUCCAUCAGCUUAGAAUUAUCAAUUCAUUAAUCGAUGCUGAAACGAAACAAGAUAUUGAUUUUAUAUGGAAUAGUCAACAGUUAUUCUAUUACGACACUAAUUCAACUGAUGUGAAUUGUAUUUCAAGGCUAAUUAUUAAACAGGGAGGAUGCGUUUUCUUAUACGGUUUUGAGUAUAUUGGAAUCCCCGAAAAAUUGGCGUAUACUCCACUUUUGGACAAAUGCUUUUUAAGUAUGUCUCAAGCGAUUGACCAAGGAUUUGGUGGCUCUAUGUUUGGGCCUGCUGGUACAGGAAAAACGGAGACCAUUAAAGCCUUCGGCCAUAGCUUGGGUCGAAUGGUUUUGGUGUUUUGCUGUGACGAAGCAUUUGAUUUCCUGUCGAUGGGAAGAAUAUUUCUAGGAAUUUGCCAGGUUGGAUGCUGGGGUUGCUUCGAUGAAUUUAAUAGACUCGAUGAGAAUAACCUAAGCGCAAUAUCUUCUCAAAUUGAGGCCAUCAAGUUUGGAGCUAUGAACCAAAAGGAGGAGGUGCUUAUUUCAAGAAAAUCUAUUUCUGUAAAAUCAGAAACUAGAAUCUUUAUAACGAUGAACCCUGAUUAUGCGGGAAGAUUUGAACUACCAGACAAUUUGAAAAAACAAUUCAGGAAUUUCUCAAUGAAAAAACCAGAUAGUGAAGUAAUUGUAGAGAUAUUACUUACGGUUCAAGGUCUCACAUAUUCUUGCGAUCUUGCAUCCAUCAUCGUACCAUUUUUUCAAGAUAUUGGCUAUCAUGCUAGUCAUCAAAUGCAUUAUGACUUUGGUCUACGUAGCUUAAAAAAUACUCUUAUGAAGAGUGGUACCAAGAGACGGAACUGUAUUAUUGAAUCAAACGUUUAUUUUGAAGAAAAGAAGAUAAUUCUACAAAGCAUUGAAGAGACAUUGGCUCCAAAAUUAGUUGAAGAUGAUAAGACAGUAUUGAAAAAAUUAGAGACCAAAUAUUUUCCUGGAAUUAAUUUGGAUAACUCAAAUUAUAACGAAUUAGUCUCUGGAUUAAAGGAGUUUGCAGCAGAAUUUGGAAUAGUAGUAACUGAAAAGUGGCUCGAAAAGGCCAUUCAAUUAUAUCAUAUCCAGAUGACCCACCACGGAAUCAUGCUUGUAGGUGCAUCAGGAUCAGGAAAGUCAACAACAUGGAGAGCUGUUUUAUUUGCUUUAUCGAAAAUGUGCCGCAUCGAUGCUAAAUCAUAUAUAAUAGAUUGCAAAGUCAUGGAUAAAGAUGAUUUAUAUGGACAUAUGGAUCCACAUACGCAUGACUGGACGGACGGCUUAUUAACAAGCAUUAUAAGGAAAAUAGAUAGAAAUCCUGGUGGUGAAUCUAAAAGGAUCACCUGGAUUGUAUUUGAUGGGGAUAUUGAUCCGGAAUGGGCAGAGAACCUUAACAGUUGUUUAGAUGAUAACAAGCUCCUAACACUCCCAAAUGGCGAGCGUAUACUGUUACCUGAUAACGUUCGCCUCGUAUUUGAAACUGAUGGCUUAAAUUACGCUACGCCUGCGACUAUCAGUAGAUGUGGGAUGGUGUGGUUUGAUCUGUAUCUAAUUACAAUUGGAGACUUGAUAGAGAGGAACUUCAAUGAUUUGAAUUCUUCUCCGAUAGACUUGCUGGAAGAAUCUUCGAAUACUGAUUUCGAAAUUAUUUCAAUCCAAAAGCUUCUUACAGAGUGCCUAAGACGCUAUUUAAAACUAAGAUUAGUUUUGAGCCUCAUUGAAAGAUGCAAAGAUUAUACACAUAUAAUGGAAUUCAUACCUCAUCGAGUAGUACAGUCAGUUUUUGUAUUACUAAAAACAUAUUUUAGACGUUAUCUUUUGCAGGUGACCGCUGGCAUCGUAGCAGUGGAAGAAGCUAACGACUACAUAGCUAGAGCAACGCUCUUAUCACUCCUUUGGGCUUUCUUUGGUGAUUGUCCACUUCAAGAGCGUGAAGAGGCGGGAAGUAUCAUAGCUCAAGAGAAUGAAUUUGCUGGACUAGAAGGCAUCAAUAUCUCUGGUCAUUAUAUUGAUUAUGACAUAUCUUUGCCAGAUUGUCAAUGGUUGGAUUGGAACUCUCAGGUUCAACAUAUCGAUUUGGAACCUCAGCAGGUGCUUAAAUCGAAUACUGUCAUUGCAACUUUGGAUACCAUCAGACAUGAAAACCUAAUGUAUUCAUUAUUGAAUGUCCACAAAUUUUUUUUACUUUGUGGUCCUCCUGGUUCAGGAAAGACCAUGACAUUGUUGGAGGCAUUAAGAAAGUCACCACAGCUAGAUGUACUUACGCUUAAUUUUUCGAAAGAAACUUCGCCGAUUUCUCUCAUGAAGUUGCUAGAGCAAUACUGUGAAUAUAAGAGGUCAGCGGAUGGAAUAAUACUUACACCUAAAGUUCGAGGAAAGUGGAUAGUCGUUUUUUGUGAUGAGAUCAAUUUACCAGCUAUUGACAAAUAUGGAACUCAAAAAGUUAUUUCUUUGCUACGUCAGUUUGUUGAACAUGGUGGUUUUUGGAACAUCAAAGAACAGGAAUGGGUGAAGCUUCACUGUGUUCAGUUUGUGGGUGCAUGUAACUCUCCGAAAGACCCAGGAAGACAUGCAUUAACAAAUCGCCUCUUGAGGCAUUGUACUGUUAUCAUGGUUGAUUAUCCUGGGGAAAAUUCAUUGCGUCAAAUUUAUUCAACAUUCAAUUCAGCAUUAUUAAAAUGUAUUCCUGAUAUGAGGGGAUAUUGUCAUGGUGUUACAGAAGCUAUGAUAAAAGUUUACUUAGAGACGAAGAGAAAGUUAACCAUAAAUAUAUGCGAGCACUACGUAUAUUCUCCUAGAGAGCUAACUAGAUGGUGUAAAGGAAUUUUAAAGGCGAUUAAGUCAUACAGUCCUCCACAAUUGAUUGAUCUCUUGAGAUUAUGGUACUACGAGGGUUUAAGGUUGUUUUACGAUAAAUUAGUGGGUGAUAGUGAAAGAAAAUGGACCAAAGACCUUUUUCGGGAUGUAUUAGUUCGCUUCUUUCCAAAUGCUGAUGUACUAUCUGUAAUGAAGGAGCCGAUUUAUUAUUCAGAUUGGUUGUCUUCCAAAUACGAGUCAAUUGAGAGUAAUUCACUCAAGCUAUUUCUUAAAGAAAGGCUCCGCGUCUUUAGUGAUGAAGAAUUAUUAGUUGAUACUAUCCUUUGCGAAGACUUUUUAGAACACAGUUUAAGAAUCGAUAGAGUUUUGAAGCAACCUCAGGGUCAUAUGAUCUUGGUUGGUUCCCCUACUUGGGGAAAAACUACAUUGGUGAAGUUCGUGGCAUGGAUUAAUGGCUUGAAAGCCGUUCAAAUGAACGUUCAUAAAAAUUAUGGAAUUUUGGAUUUUGAUUCGACAUUAAAAGACAUCCUUUUGAAAUGCGCUACGGAUGAAAGGGUAUGCUUCAUUAUUGAUGAAUCAAAUAUAAUAGAAACAUCCUUUAUUGAAAGAAUGAACACAUUGUUAGCAAAUGCUGAAAUUCCAGGACUUUUUUUGGGUGAAGAGUUCAACUCUUUAAUGACUUUAUGCCAGGAGCAAUCGACUACGCAGGGCCUUUUGUUGGAUACGAAUGAUGAGCUCUACGACUGGUUUACGCAACAAAUCUCAAAAAACUUGCAUGUUGUUUUCACAAUAAAUAAAUUGAAAGACAAAAGCUUACCGCGUUUAAUUUCGUCUCCAGCAUUAUUUAAUCGUUGCGUCUUAGAUUGGUUGGGCGACUGGUCCAUGAAUUCUUUGUUCACAGUAGGAUCUAAAUUGCUUGAAAAUGUACCUCUAGAUGUUUCGAAUUACAAAUUGCCAACCCUGAAGAAUGGACUUAAUAAUGGUAUUAGAGAUGUCAUCGUUGAUAUACUUAUCUACUUUCAUUGUUCACAGGCUUCAUCUUACAAGAGGCAUCCUGGUAAUUUUGUUUCUUAUGUUAGGGAGUUUGUUAAAAUCUUCACAGAAAAGCUGCAGGAACUUGAAAUCCAUCAGAAGCAUGUAAUUUCGGGUCUAGACAAAUUAAGGGAAACUGUCAUUCAAGUUGAAGACCUCAGAUGUGCUCUAUCUAAAAAAAGUGAAUUUUUGAAACUGAAGGAUAAGGAGGCAAAAGAAAUGCUAAAUAGAAUGCUUACAGAUCAAAAUGAAGCUGAAAGAAAACAAGAAUUUUCUGUUGCGGCCAAAGCGGAGUUGGCAAAACAAGAGGGAGAAAUUCAAAAGCGUAGACGAAAAGUUUUAGAGAAGCUCGCAUUAGCAGAGCCAGCAGUGAUAGAAGCCCAAAGGGGAGUUCAGAACAUAAAGAAACAACAUCUCACAGAAAUCAGAAGUAUGGCUAACCCACCAGCAGCUGUUAAAAUGACAAUGGAAUCUGUGUGUGUGUUGUUAGGUUACCAAGUCUCGAGCUGGAGGGAUGUUCAAUUAAUUGUUAGGGGCGAUGACUUUAUACCUAAUAUUGUCUCCUUCGAUAAUCAAAAAGAGCUUAGCAGUGACAGAAAACGUUAUAUGGAUGACACUUAUCUUUCUCGUGAUGAUUAUUCUUUUGAAGUGGUAGAUAGAGCAAGCAAAGCAUGUGGCCCUCUUCUUAACUGGGUGCAGGCCCAACUAGCAUAUUCUGAUAUUUUGGAUAGAGUGGGACCAUUAAGGGCCGAAGUUGAAUAUAUUGAAUUACAGUAUAAGAAAACAAAGGCUCAAUUGAUAGCAAUAGAUCAAAUGAUUAUAGAGCUAGAGGAUGGAAUCGAAUCGUACAAGGACAAUUAUAGUAACUUGAUCCGUGAAACAGAAAACAUCAAGAGGGAAAUGUCACAAGUUCAGUACAAGGUAGACAGAAGCAUGACACUUGUAGAUAAUUUAACAUCCGAGAGAGAUAGGUGGAAAGCAAGUAUUCAAAAAUUUGGUUUGCAGAGAGAUAAACUUGUCGGAAACUCGAUCAUCGCAGCAGGAUGCAUAAUAUAUGCGGGUCCUUAUGAUCAAAAGCGAAGGCAUACAAUGAUGGAGAGCUUGAGAGAUAAAUUGAGUGUCAUGGGGAUAGCAUAUGAACGGAUAAAUGUCUCGGAAUAUUUGAAUCAAGAAGAAGACGAUGUCCAAUUAAGCACAUUAUUUAGUGAUGAUUUGGACCUAGAAAACUUCGUGAUCAUCAAAAGAUCUCGUAUUCCUUUCUUAAUAGAUCCUUCCUCAAAAGUAAUUCAGGGAAUAAUGAAAGCUUUUUAUCCUCGACAGCUUAUUGUUACUAGUUUUCUAGAUAAUGGCUAUUUGAAACAACUUGAAAACGCCUUGAGAUUUGGCGGUAUAAUAGCUAUUCAGGAUGCUGAAUAUUAUGAUCCGAUUUUGAAUCCUAUUUUAAGAAACGAAGUUCACUAUAAUGGCGGUAGGAAAGUAAUAAAAUUGGGUCAGAUAUUCAUUGACAUUUCGGAAGAGUUUAAACUAAUUUUGCACACCAGAGACUCACUGAUAGUAGUUCCAGACUUCGUUUCAUCAAGAGUUUCAACCAUUAAUUUUUCGGUUACUCGAGGUAGUCUUGAGAGCCAGAUACUUAAUAUGACACUACGCACUCUCGAACCUUCCUUGGAUGAGGAGAGAAAGCAAUUGGUGUUAUCUCAAGGUAAGUAUAGAGCUCGUCUCUUUCAGCUUGAGAAGCAACUCUUGAUGUCAUUGGGAGAUUCAAUUGGUAACAUUCUUGAUAAUAAUAGUAUAAUUGAUAAUCUAGAGAGCUUGAAAGGAGAAAGUAUGGAGAUUGAUUCUAAGGUUUCAGAAUCGAACAGAAUUAUGACUAGCAUUGACGAAAAAAGAGACAAUUAUGUUGUUCUAGCGGAACACUCCUUAAAGCUUUUUGACAUAAUAGAGCGGCUCUCGUCAAUGGAAAGACUUUAUCAUUGUUCAGUUGAGACCUUUCUAAUGAUAUUUGAGAAUUUAAUGUCCUCUGUGAGUCACGAUGAGACAAUGUCGAAUAUUCUGAGGGCUUUAUACAAACAGCUUUAUUCCGAAAUUUCACCCUCUUUGAAGUACUUAGAUAAUAUGAUAUUAGCUAUAAGUUUUGCUGCAUGUUUUUAUUCGAUAGAGAUUGGCGACUAUUUCAGAGGUUUUUUCGCAUUAAUCUUAGAUGCUGUUCACUCUGGGAAAGUUUUAAAUGAUAUUGGCGAGGAAUUUGGAAAAGCCAUUUCAAAUGAUUUAGAAAUUAUUUCUGGAAACAAUUCGCAUGUUGGUGUAUCUGAUGACAAAGAUUCUGCCGUUUCGAUCCUCAGAGACGUUAUCAAAUGUCUUUCGUCAGACAAUAAAAACAGGGAAUCAACAAUAAUAAGUUUUUUCGCAGACUUUACAUCGUUCUUGUUCUCUGGAAUAGGAGCUUUUAGUUCAAGAUAUGAUUUGGAAUACUGGGCAACACAAAAGAAUGCUGCAAAUGUGCCCUUGCUUUUAGCGUCGUCGCAAGGUUUCGAUGCAACAUCAAGAGUAGAGUUAUUGUCCCUUCGGUUAGAAAAGAAAUUAUACAUUUUUUCUAUGGGCUCUAGAGAAGGAUCAGAGAUUUUGCAUAGAGAACUUGACAGAGCUAUUACGUCAAAGUCUUGGAUAAUCAUUCAAAACGUACAGAUGUCUCCAAAAUGGUUAGACAACCUUGGCAAAAAAUUAGAAAAUGUGGAUAGUCAGAGUGAGUUUAAAAUGUUUUUAACAACUAAUCUUUCGUCUAAGCUACCAACAGGAAUUAUUAGAACUUCUAAAGUCUUGAUAUUUGAGAAUCAACCGAGUUUGAAAACUAAUUUGAUUGAUGCCCAUUCUUUACUCUAUAACGAGCUAGUACAUGACUCAAAUGUUAUGCGUCAUCUCUCAUUGCUACUUGUUUGGUAUCAUGCUGUUCUCAAGGAACGACUAAGGUAUGUACCCUUUUCUUUCUCAAAAAAUUACGACAUCAAUGACGUAGAUUUGACUUCUGCUUAUCGCGUUCUCAAGAAAAACAUGCAAAACUUGAAGCUUGGUGAUAUUCCGUGGGAAGAAGCUGGUUAUUUAAUCGGUGAAAUUGUCUAUGGUAGUGGCAUCGACAACAGAGUAGAUUUAAAAUAUGUUUCUACACUAGCAAAAUCGUUGUUUAAAGACGAGUCUAUGAACGCCUUUAGUGUAAUUGAUAGCCAGGUUGUGGAGGAAAUAACAUCGCUACAUCCACCUUUGGACAAAAGUGCAGAAGAACAGAAGUUGUGGAUAUUAAGCUUGUGCGAUCAGAUGUCUCUUAGUUACAUCGGACUAGAAGAAGAUAUAGGUAAUCUCUUAAGAAAAAAAGAACUAGAAGACGUAUCUGGAAAAGUGAUCGGGCUACUUAAUUGA